UCCUACCUUGUCCUCUCUAGCCCCAAAACAAUUUGGAAACAUGAAGUGGGUAAUAUUCCUUCCUUUGCUUUGCUUGGUAAGCUUUGCUGAAUUGAAAAACAUACCCCGAAGAUAUCGGCAUGUUGAUGACCAUCAUUUCACCAUCAGUCUUGCCUCUCAAAUAUCAGCUACUGAUUUUGGUGCUGUUACCUUAAUUUUAGUCACUCAAAGUAUACCAAAUGCCACACUUGAGGAUGUGAAAAAAGUGUCAGCAGAUGUUAUAGCACUUCACCAGAAAUGUGUUGCUGAUGGAUUUUCAGGGCCACAAUGUGCAAAGCCUUUGGGUAUAGUUUUUCUGGAUGUACUCUGCCAUGAUGAAGAGUUUUCCAACAAAUAUGGAAUUAAUGACUGUUGUGCUAAGGCUGAUCCAGACAGAAAUGAAUGUGUUUUGCCCCAUAAAAUCUCAUCUAGAGGAAGUAUUCCUCCAUUUGUUCAUCCUUCUGCAGAACAAGCUUGCCAAGCAUAUGAGAAUAACAAAGAUGCUGUUCUAACUCAAUAUAUUUUUGAGGUCUCCAGAAGAUACCCCAAAGCACUAGUUGUUGUACUCCUUGAAGCAACUAAAAACUAUAACAAAAUCUUGGAAACUUGCUGUGCAGAAGCUGAUAAAGAUGCCUGUAUCAAUGAAAAGGCAACAGAAGCCAAAAAGAAAUUCAGGGAAAUAAUUGAAGAACAGGAAUAUACUUGUUAUAAUCUGAAGAAAUAUGGAAAAGAUAAAUUACAUGCAUUGAAAUUUAUUGAGACACAUGAAAAGUUUGUCAAUGCUAAUCAGGAAACUAUAUCCCAUAUUGUUAAAGUUGUUGUGCACAUCUAUGAAGAAAUCUGUAAGGGGAAUUCCGUGGAGGUUUUAGUUGAUAGAAUAGCCCUGUCACAAUAUGUCUGUGAGCACAAAGAUGCUAUAUCUUCUAACAUUGCUCCUUGCUGUGAAAAGCCUCUGGUGGAAAGGCCAAGCUGCCUUGCUACUAUAGAAAAUGAUGUAAGAUCUCCGGAUCUGCCCCCACCAUCUGGAGAAAUAUUAAAGGAGACAGAAGCAUGUAAAUCUUAUACUGAACAUAAAGAUGACUACAAGGAAAGCUUCCUCUUUACAUUAACAAGAAAUCAUCCUGAACUUUCUAAACUGAUUGAUCUGGAAAUUUUGCAUAAAUAUGAACAACUGUUGGAAAAAUGCUGCCAACUGGAAGACCACGUACAGUGUUUGCAUACAGGAGAAGAACAACUUAAAUUAUACAUUAAUAAGAUUAAUGAAGUUGUGAAGAAUAAUUGUAAUAAUUAUAAAGAAAUAGGAGGGUACUUCUUCCAAAACGAAUAUUUGAUCAAGUAUAGCAAAAUUAUACCACAGGCUCCAACUUCUAAGCUGAUUGAGUUGACCGAAAAAGUGGCAAAGGUAGCUGAGAAAUGUUGCCAUUUAGAUAGUAAUCACCAAGUCUUAUGUGCUUUAGAAAAUACAGAUAAAGUGAUAGGAUCUAUAUGUAGCUAUCACGAGGAACAUAAUACAAACAAACAAAUUUGCCAUUGCUGUGAAUCCUCCUUUAUCAGCCGUUGGGAAUGUAUCAAUAACUUAGGACCAGAUCCAUCCUAUGUCCCUCCUCCAUUCAAACCUAAAACGCUGGAUGCCCCCGAGAAUUUGUGCUCACCUAAUGAAGAGACUGUGCAGAAAAGUAAGCAAGGUUUGCUUAGUGACUUGAUAAAAUCCAAACCUAAUAUCCCAGAUGAAGAGCUUGCCGUUGGAAUCCUAGCUUUCCGUGAGCUCCAAACAGAUUGCUGUGCAGCUGAAAACAAAAAAGAAUGCUUUGACACAAAGGGUCAAAAACUGGUUGAACAGCUUCAAAGUGGUCAUAUAACUGAGUAACUAUCUUAGCUUCCACAAUGGAAGAAUGCUGGAGAUAAAGAAUCCAAACAUCCCCAAGCAUCUUUGGUUGCUGCUUUCAUGUCAGCCUUCUAAUGUCAAGGAUCUCCAAUUUGAUUCUUGGCUAAACAAUUAUUUCUUAUGAAAGUGUCACUAUCUUUAAAAUGAAAAUAAAUAAAAGCUUUAAAAAGAAA